AUGGGCUUCUUUCACGCUACAUCCACCGACGGCACCCAUGUCUUCUACGACAACGUCUCUCAGAAGUACCUCUACUUGAGUGGCACCUCUGGAGUCGAGGUUUCCGACUCGUUGCCUGGUAUUUACUCCAGAUUGAACCUUGGCACCCCUGCUACCGCUAUUUCGUGUAUUAUCGGUACCAUCAAGCUCAAGAUCAACAAGUACGUCAUCAUCGCUGACAAGCACUCCGUUACUGGUAGCGUUUUGGGGGGUGAAAUCGCCAAGAUCACCUCGUACAAGAUCCUUCCCUUGAGCAAGAACGACUUCGCCAAGUCCAACAGCGAGGAAUCGCAGUAUUUGGAGUUGUUGAAGCAGCAAUUGAACAAUGCCACCUUGUUCUACUCCAUUGGCAACAAGUACGACUUGACCAAUUCCUUGCAGAGACAGUACACCACCAAGGACUUGACCUACGACAGAAGAUUCUGGUGGAACGGAUAUUUGAGUGCCGACCUUGUCGAUGCUAGGGAAUUCCUCACUCCCAUCAUAUACGGUUACUUCAAGUCCCAUUCUGCCAGCUUCAAUGGGCCACACUCGCUAGACUUUGCAUUGUUGACCCGUCGUUCGGUCUCCAGAGCUGGAACUAGAUACUUCCGUCGUGGUAUUGACGAGGACGGUAACGUGGCCAACUUCAACGAAACAGAGCAAAUUUUCACCACCAAGGACCAGCAGAUUUUCUCGUUCUUGCAAACUAGAGGUUCCGUGCCUGUUUACUGGGGCGAAAUCAACAACUUGAAGUACAAACCCAACUUGGUAAUCUCUUCCCAGCCUUCUUUGGACGCCACUGCCAAGCACUUCACUGAACAAACUGAGCUCUAUGGUGAGAACUUUUUGGUCAACUUGGUCAACCAAAAAGGGUAUGAAAAGCCCGUGAAAGAAGCCUACGAAGCUGCCGUUGAAAACUUGCCUCCUGCCUUGGCCAAGAACGUAAAGUACAUCUACUUUGAUUUCCACCAUGAGUGUAGAAAGAUGAGAUGGGACAGAAUCAAGCUUUUGUUGGAGAGAUUAAUUGACUUGGGUUACACCAGUGACAACUACUUCCACUUUGACCUCGCUUCCCAAACUAUCAGAUCCACCCAAAACAAGAUUGUGAGAACCAACUGUAUGGAUUGUUUGGACCGUACUAAUGUCGUUCAAUCCACACUUGCUCGUUGGGUGUUGCAGAACCAGUUGACCAGAUCAGGGUAUUUAUCCAAGGAAAAUGACACUCCAUGGGAACUUUUGGACCCAAGUUUCAACUUGUUUUUCCAGAACUUCUGGGCCGACAACGCUGAUGCUGUGUCGUGUGCCUACUCUGGUACCGGUGCUUUGAAGACUGACUUCACUAGAACUGGUAAGAGAACUAAGGCUGGGGCCUUAAACGACUUGGUCAACUCCAUCACCAGAUACUACAAGAAUAACUACAAGGAUGGCAGUCGUCAAGACUCGUACGACUUGUUCUUGGGGAUUUACAAGCCGUUCCAAGACUCGUUGAACUCGCCGUUCGUUGACAGAAGACCUCCUUACGUCCAAUUGUUGCCAUACUUCAUGGGAACCUCAUUUUUGGUGUUCUUUGCCAUCUUGCUUUAUCCCAGAGGCUCCAUCACCGACUUGAAGAAUUUGCUUGUUCUUGGAGGCUGUCUCUUGUUCAACUUGAACAGCUUGUUGCAGUUGAACAAGAACGGGUAUCAAUACGUGAACUGGCCCAAGUUGAGGCAGUUGGACUACCUCAAGAAGGUUGAACUCUUUGAUGGGGAAGGAAAGUUGGCAGGAAUUAGGUACGAAGAGCUGGAUCACUUCAGGACCGUUGGUAAGAAGAAGAAUUAG